AUGCCGAAGCCUAAGCGUAGUACCCGCGAAAAAAUCGAAAGAUAUAAAAGGAAACUUUAUGAUUUAGAAGUUAAAAGUGACGAUAACAAACGUCGUAAACGUCAAGUUAGAUCUUCAAGUGAGUCGGAUGUCAGUGAACACGGUGAAAAUCACCUACAAAACCUAGACCAAGAGCUAGAUGUUGAAAAUAUUGAUUACGAUCCUGGCGUACAUGAAGAAGGGGCUCCUCCAGAGGAAGCGCCCGUCCCGGCUGCGCCCGCCAUACCGGCCGCACCAGCUGAACAGGCCGCGCCGAUACUGGAUCAAGUUGACGCUCCCGCGCAGCCCGCGCCUCCUGCCACUGAUGCCACGGAGCCGCCUCUGGACCCCACGCUACUUGCAGCGCUUGGCGAAUCCACCUCCGAUACGCCUGAAUACGGAACAAGCGUUCACGAUAGUCUUGCUAAUUUAUGGCUACCUAUUCUGAAGAAAGGUUUGGCAAAAGAAAAUAAGGACACACUCCUUAAGGAAUAUUUAAUUCCUAAUCAUUGUAAAUUAUUACAAGCGCCAAAGCUUAACGCCGAGAUAUCGGCCGCUGUAACAGAGGUGGUACGCGGACGUGACAAAAAAUAUGUCGCCGUCCAACAACAACUCGGUCAAGGUAUAGCAGCUGUAAGUCGGGCCCCGGAUGUCCUUUUAAAGACCGAAAACAAACUUGAAGCCCUCAAAUAUUUGAGUGACGGAUGCCGUAUACUCUCUGAUGCGCAUAAUUUCUUUACAAAAGACCGAAUAAAGUUAAUUACGCCAAGCUUAGAGAAAAUUUUUCUUCACGUAAUUCAAGACGCCGAACGGGAUGAAUCGCUAUUUGGCAAUACUUUAUCUGAAAAGAUUAAAGCUAGUAAGGCUAUCGAGCGUCAAGGUCAACAAAUCAAAAAGACUGUCAGUGCACCAAAGCCUGGCACUUCUAAUUCGACGAACACUCGGGCCUUCACAACACAGGGAAACUGGUCCGGUCCUCCCCGUUAUUCGUCGAACAGGGGGGGGCGAGGACGGUAUCGCAGGACGAAUCCGACGCGUCGCUCGUACAUCAACAGACCUGCCCCGACGCGGCACCCAGCGCCGACCAAGUCGCAAGCGCCAGCACAACAAUAG